CCCGGGCUUGAGCCGGCGGGCUUCCGGAGCUGGGGGCGAACCCGUUUAGGUCCCCGAGCGCAUCGGACUCGCUUGGCCAGCCACCUACAGCUCUGCUCUCUGAGAAGCUGUGCGCUGACUCACUGGCUCCAGCUGUGAUGCUCAACUGUCCGUCCAUCUUGUCUCCUGGAACAGCCUGACCCAGGGUCUUCCUGAAGUGGUGAUCACUCCAGCUGGCAGGGAUAGAAAAUGGUACCAGUCAGGCCAGAGCUCUGCGAUCCCACAGUCACUGCUGCAGGAUGGAGGAAACUACUCCCGAGCCCGUCUAUGUGGAUGUGGACAAGGGGUUGACCUUGGCUUGCUUCGUUUUCCUCUGCCUCUUUCUCGUAGUCAUGAUCAUCCGCUGUGCCAAAGUCAUCAUGGACCCCUACAGUGCCAUCCCCACGUCUACCUGGGAGGAGCAGCACCUGGAUGACUGAGACACAUGACAGGUCUCAGUGUCCUGGACACACCUCUGUACACCCUGGCCAACAUUGCAAGCUCUUGGAGACUGGGAGUGGCUAUGACCACCCAAAGAUGGAGAAGGCUCACCUUCGCCUUACUGACGCUCACAUAACCAACCAUCAGAGAGAAAUGCCAGCAUGCUGGAGCCAAGGCAGUCUGGGGAAGCCUGGAGAGAGGAAUGCUAAGCCAUGACUCAGGAGAGUGGAGGCCAUCCUGGGACUCCACUUGGGAGACAGACAGCAGAGUGAUGGUCCCCAGCCCAGGCUCCAGGGCACCUUUGAAAUCUGGACCAAAACCAGACACUCUGGUCUGUAAACAGUGGUCAGGAGGAGGCUGACCUUCACCUACACAGCAUUGAGAGGUUGCUGAGAGCCCAGUACCCUCUGCAGACUAGCACUGAUGGGGCUCGAAAGAUGGAGACUUCAGGGGGCUUCUCCUACAAAUUCUCACAAGGCACAUAGCUACUUCCAAACUUUUUUUUUUUAAAACUAAGAUACAGAGGGAAUAUAUUUUUCCUGUUAAAAAUGAGAUGUGCAUUUUAGACACUUGG